UUUGCAACUCAAAACCCAAAAUUUCAAUUUUCUCUUCAAUGGACUGAAGAAGUUGUCUGUCUUCAUUCAACAAAAUCUUCAUCAUUCAUAUAUCCUUCUCCAUGUGAUUUUGAUUUUGAUGAGCUUCACACCUCUUCAAAAUUUCCUUCUUCCGCAACAAAAUUCGUUAACGAACUCACUGAAUUUAUCAUCAUUUAAUCAAAUUGCCUCACCGGCGCCGGCGUCGGGAAGUUUUCUCAAGAUGCUUUUUCUGUUCUGUUUAUCUCGAGAAAAGAGCCUGAUUCUUUUUUCAGUUUCCUCUCUCUUCUGAUUCUUUUUACCUUUUUCUUGUUUUUGGUUCUCUGUAUGUUUCUUUUCAAAAACCGAGUUUCUUGUCUUUUGUUGUUCUCUACACUCUUGCUCUUUAUGCAGAGUGAAAUGGAUGCUUUCGUAAAGAGGCAUUGCUUGUGGUUCUGUCUCUAAUGGCUCGUCAAGGCGCUUAUUCCGAUGCUGGUUACUGCAGCAAUGGUGAGAAGAAGAGUACGAGUCAGGUUCCACAGUUAGGUAAUGCGAUCUUCCAUGAUUUUCUUGGCAUUAAGACUAAAGAUGCUUCCGUACUUUUGGCCGCGAAGACGCCGGAUGUAAGCUUCUCAGAGGCAUCGACGCCGCCGUCGGCUUUGGCUUCAUCCAGUGGCGGCCGUGGACUCAUCUCCGCUGCCUCCGAUCUUGCGUCUGAAAAUCAGGUUUGUGAUUACCUUGAAGGGGUUCCAUUCUAUAGUCCAAGGAAUGAUAUAUCUGGACCUGAAAAUGGUAACCGAAUAGCUGGGAUUAAACGCGGUAACCCAGAUUCUGCUUUCAUGGGACCAUAUAGAAACCAAAUUCCUCAUAUACUACAAAAUGGAGCUGGUGGAGAUCGACCAAGAUACAACGAUAAUGAGGUGGUUUACAGUAUGCAGCCACCACGAAUUGCUUCUUCUUCCCUCACACAACAUUCUCUUGGCACUAGAUUCAAUCCUAGUGUUUCCAAAUGGGAGAGACCUAUUCCAUCAAACAUGAGUUCUGCACUAAAUUCUUCUCUUGGGAGUCAGUUUGUGCCUCGUGUUCAUCAAAUAGCUUCCAAUUCUUCAAGGGAAUUUAAUGUUGCUCCUUCCAAUAUUUCUCAAUCUGCUGCUGAUGAAGGAUCUAGAACUGGGAUGAAAAGCCCUGGACUUUUAAGUAGCUUUAAUGCUCGACAUGAUCGAAGACACUCAUCUCAAAUGUUGCUAAGUUGCGACAAGCAGAAGACCAAGACCGAAAGUUUGGCAUACAAAUCUUCUAACUCUUCAAGUCCGCAGGGUCUUGAUUCUGACAACAGACAGAUGACUAUUUUCUACGGCGGUCAAGCUCAUGUUUUUGAUGAUGUCCAUCCAAACAAGGCUGAUAUUAUAAUGGCCUUAGCUGGAUCAAAUGGGGGCUCUUGGUCAACAAAUUUAGCACCUAAAUUAAAUGUAACUAGGGUACCUAGUGAGCAAGAAUCAGCUAAAGAUUAUCAUGGAAAGUUAUAUCAUAGUUUGAUAUCCACCAGUCGAGGUGUUGGCGAUACUCCGAUACCGACACAAACAGCUGUAGGUGAUCAUCCACGCAGUGUUGCAGUGGAAGAGACCCGAAAACCUGUUCGUGCAGCAGAUAUCAAUGCUGAACAGUACAAAGAAAGCUAAAUCGUAAGAUAACUGUUAGAACCAAAUCUUAUUGCCAUUUUCAUCUAUCAGUUUUUUGUUUCUACAAAUAACAGUGAAUUGCUUUGUUAAGGCGACGACAACGGCUUUCUUUCCAUCCCCAUCCUGCCCUCGCCACCCUCGUGCCUUCUGUUUGCAGCAAGAGGUAAUUAGCCAAAACUCAAGGGUAAAGAGAUUUAUAAUAGAAGGUAUUGUUGUUAAGUCCAGUUUUCAUGAGCAUUGUCGUUAUUUAUCUUUUUAGCAAAUACAAAAACAGUCAAUUGCUUGCUUAAGGGGAUGGGGUUCGCUAAUAUUUGUUUGAUGCAUAAAAGAAGUUGGUUGCCUUCAAAGCGCUAUAAAAAUUUCCAUAUUAUCUUAUGUGAAGAGUAGUGGAAAAUUAGGUUAUACUUUUUUUUUUUUGCCCCUAAUAAAUAAGAUGCAAUGUCAUGUCAUGGAUAGACUCUUUCUUUUUAAGGGUAUUUUGGUCAUUUCAAUUUUGAGAUUAA